AUGCUGGUGAAAUUCAGCCAUAUUCUGCGCAGUGUCGCUGAAAAGUCUCGAGUCACUCUAGUCACCGGUAACCAAAGUGCAGACAUGGACUCUGUGGUUUCGGCGAUCGCGUACUCGACACUCUCUUCCAAGUCUCUGGUUCUGCCCUUGAUCAAUAUUCCUAGACAAGACUUUGAUCUCAGGAGAGAUAUCGUGCACGUUAUGAAGCAUUCCGACAUCAACGUGAAAGACCUGAUUUUUUUGGACGAUAUAGAGAGUUGCUGGGACCAGCUGGCGAAAACAAAAGUUGAUUUGGUGCUGGUGGAUCAUAAUAAACCUCAGGGCGAUGUUGUCAAUAAUCUCAUGAACGAGCUUGGAGCCACUGUUGUAGGGAUAAUUGACCACCACGAAGACGAGAAGCUCUUCACUAAUGCCAGCCCCAGAAUCAUUAAAAAAUCGGGUUCUUGUGUUUCCCUUGUACUCAAUCACUUCAAGGAGCAAGUUGCUCGAAUCGAUCCCAAACUUGCUAAGCUUUUUCUCAGUCCGUUGGUGAUCGAUACUUCUGGACUGAAGCAUAGGGUGGAGCAAGUUGACAAGGAUGCCCUCGAGCUGUUGCUUCCUAGGUUGCAGGCAGACCAGGCCUUCCUACAGGCCUGGACCAAUGAGCUGAACACUGCCAAACAGAAUGUGGAAGGGCUGUCACUUCGCGACUUGCUGCGCAAGGACUACAAAGAAUACCGAACCGUUGGUAUAAGCUCGAUGGUUGUGAGCUUAGAUUAUCUUUCGCGGUUUGAUCUCCUGCCAAGUUUGGAAAGCUGGAUUAAAGAGAGAAAAUUAGAUAUAGCAAUCAUUAUGACGUCUUACAACGACAAGAAGUUCCACAGGGAGAUAAUGUUCCAUGGCGACGAUGCCAAAAUAAGGAGCCUUUUAAAUCAGAUACAAGAGCCCCUAGGACUCGAGCCCUUGGCCAAGUAUCCGUUUAGCUUCGAACAACGUGAACCCGUCAACUCUAGAAAGCAGGUUGCCCCGCUGGUUAAUAAUUGGCUGGAUGCCCAAGGACUAUAA